AUUAAGAAAAGUGGAUUCUCGUAGAAGUUGCGGAAGGCCACUGAGUUGUAACAGAGGAAGCAUAAUCACAAUCAUCGCGUUAACCAUGGGCGAUUCGGAACCUCCAAAAUACAAGCCCAUUACCCAUGUCCUCUUCGACAUGGAUGGUCUCCUGCUAGAUACAGAAAAGUUUUAUACGGUUGUUCAGGAAAAUAUCCUUGCGGGAUAUGGAAAACAUUUUGAUUGGUCUUUGAAAUCAAAAUUGAUCGGCAGAAAAGCAUUAGAAGCUGCACAGAUAUUUGUGAAGGAGACUGGGCUUGAAGGUGUUCUUACCCCUGAGGAAUUUAUCAGGAGAAGAGAAGAAAUGCUACACAGCUUGUUUCCAGAAAGUGGGUUUAUGCCAGGGGCAGAGCGUUUAGUACGGCACCUACAUGCACAUGGAGUACCCAUGGCUGUUGCAACAAGCUCUCAUAGACGACAUUAUGAGUUGAAGACAACAAAACACAAAGAAUUAUUUUCAUUGAUGCAUCAUAUAGUUGUGGGUGAUGAUCCGGAAGUUAAACAGGGGAAACCAUCUCCUGACAUCUUUGUUGUGGCAGCAAAAAGAUUUGAGGAUCCUUCCCUCCAAGUAGAGAAUGUUUUGGUUCUGGAAGAUGCUCCAUCAGGUGUGGCUGCAGCUAGAAAUGCUGGCAUGUCAGUAGUUAUGGUUCCUGAUCCAAACUUGGACUCCAGUUUAUGUCAAGGAGCAGAUCAGGUUCUUGGCUCAUUGAUAGAUUUUGUGCCAAGAGACUGGGGUUUACCAGAAUAUGUAGAGCAGUGAGAAAAGCAUCUUAAUUUGGAGGGGAUUUGCUGUACCAAAAAAGGAGUGUAGUGGCAUAACUAGAUUAUAUUUGGGUUAACCACAUAUAUUUGUCAGAUAAGUCACUAGAGUUAUUUAAAAAACCCAUGAUUGGUCUGUUUAGCUGAAUUUAAUCAUCAAACUUCUUACAUAUUUAAGUUUGGUCUCAGUUAUCAAGGAAACCGUUGAAAUAAAUCAUUUACAUUUUCAUGUU